UUAACAUUUUUCUUUGACACGACUUCAAUUAAUUAGGGUCUGCUACAAAAACCUGUACUAAAAAUUAAGAAAAACAUAUUUUUCGGCGCGAAAAUUCAAAUUAAAACUGUACAUAUCACAUGCCCACUGCGUCUACGCAAAAGCAAGCUCUUGGCAAGCCUCGACAUAUCUGACAUGAAUCGUUUGUUGGAAGAAGUGGCGGUGCUUUGUGUUCGUUAAAGAGCUAUCAUAAUUAUUCGUUGCAAAAAGAUAAGGCGAGAUGAACUUCAGCCCGUUUGGCGUUCCUUUAUCUGCAGCAUUACCAGUAGCCACCCAAUUUUCUGGGGGUAAAAUUACCCAAAGUGUCACUACACCGAAUGGUCAAGUUGUUGGUCUUCUACAGGGCGGUGAGAAUGGCGUCCAUUUUAUUCGUCCAUUGGAUCCCAACGCCUUCACGCAACAGAAUCAGGGAACACAAAUCAUAACUCUACCUAUUACCAUGCCAGGGUCGAAACCUGGAGACCCUCAACAAACUGUCCAAAUCCAGGUGGUGAAUCCACAGCAAACUCAGGUUUCUCAAGCAAGUCCAGCCAGCUCUCCAAAGUAUCAAGUAUCUCAGAUACCUAUACAGGCUUUCAGUCAAGGAGCCACUGUACUUACCGUGGCGUAUAAUUCGAAUCAAGAAGGAAUUCAAAUUAUAAUGUUCAUAAAAGGAUUUUAA